AUGAAUCAUUUUAAAACAGCAACGUUAGUCUCGUUGUAGUGAUACUAUUUGGUGUUGUGUUGAAUUAUUUUAAGCCUCAGCUGAGUGAGGUUUGACAUUUUAAAAAUAAUGCUAGGUUAAAGGUAACGCUACGUUACGUUCAUGCCCGGUGCGUGUCGGAUGUAAACUGAACUGCACGUGAAAACGAAGAAGGAAUAUGUAGCUAGUUAGCUAACGUUUAGAAAUAUAUAGUUAAUGUGACUAAUUAGUUAAAGCUGGUCGCUUUCUGUGCUUAUUUUACACUCUUUGACAACGUUAGUUUGCCGUUUUAUCAGCCAAGCUAACCAAAGUUCAGACUGUACUCGAAAGCAGAGGGAUGUUGCGGCGUCCCAAGCCAACUGACUCUGAGGCAGACCUCCUGAGAGAGCAGGAGAGGUUUCUGACCUCCGGUGCCCAGUCUGCUGCCAGUGUGGUCCGCCGACCUGACAAGAGGAGAGGCGAGGCUGGAGGAGAAGGAGGGGAACAUAACGGGGAGGAUGAAGAAAGACAGCGAGAUGUUGUCACCAUAGAAGAUCUUCCAGACCAACUCCCGUCUCUUACGCCAGCCCCUCCCAAGAAGUCUCGCUUUAAAGCCAGCCGUGUCACUUUCGAGGAUGAGGAUGCUGGACAGACGCUGGACAGACACGACACUCACAUCAGUGCUGUCCUCUCCAGGAUUGUUGAGAGAGACACCAGCUCCACCCCAGUAUCUCUACCAGCAUUUACAGGAAUGGCUUUCCCCAAAGUAUUGCACCGAUCAGAGACCAGCAGUCAGGUGCCGCUGUCUUCAGCUGGGGGAAAGAAGAGUAUCUUUGCACGUCAGAUCGCAGCUCAGAGACUGAAGGAGGGAAAGACACCUUUACAUUGUGCGCCUGAACACAGGGAGCAGAACCUGCCUCCUGAGACCAGCAUGGAUACAGAUCAGCGCAGUGCCGCACAUGAUGAGCGGACUGCAGUCUCAGGUCCCUGCCUGCUGUCUGGUGAGGGACUUGAGUGUCCAGAUAGCUCAGGAGAGACCAUGAGGAUCCACAGAGAGAACCAGGCAAAGCUCCAGGCCAUGUCUCCGUCUGAGAUACUCGAGGAGCAGAAAAAACUCUUAUUACAGCUCGAUCCUAGACUGGUGGAGUUUGUUAGGUCUCGGAAAGCCCAGAGCGUCCCAUCCUCCGCCUCCCCAUGCAAACAACCCCAGGGCAAAAGCAGCAAGGACAAUUUUCCUCUUGAAACUGUGAGCAGAGAGUCAGACUCCUCCGGUGCUGCUGUGCUGUCUCAGAAACCCCAAGAAGUGGAGAUGGAAGGAGAGGAGGAGGAGAAAGAGGAGGAACUGCCACCGCCGCCACCACCACCUGCUGUGACGGAGAAGGAUCUCCCGCUGAAGCCUCAGAGGGAGUGGGUCCACAUGGAUAAGCUGGAGCCAGAGAAGCUGGAGUGGAUGAGAGACUUGCCUCCACCCAGAAGGAAAGGAACGGAGAAGGCCAUGCAGGCUCGCUUUGACUUUGCAGGGACCUUGAUUCCACCCACUGAGGAUCUGCCCACACAUUUAGGCCUGCACCAUCACGGAGAGGAGCCCGAGCGGGCAGGUUACUCCCUGCAGGAGCUCUUCAUGCUGUCUCGAAGUCAGAUCAUCCAACAGAGGAGUCUGGCGCUCAGCACUUUGGCCAACAUCCUCUCAAAGGCACGUGCCGGGGAGUACCUGUCAGUUCUGCAAGGCAGCGUGGUGUCCACUCUACUCGACGCCGGCCUGCUCUUCCUGCUCCGCUUUGCAUUGGACGACAGUGUGGAGGGAGUGAUGUCCACAGCUGUGCAUGCACUUAAAGCCCUCCUUGUGUGUGCCGAGGAUGAAGAGUGUUUGGACUGCACCUUCUCCUGGUUUCGCGGCCUGGCCUCCUUCCCUCUGCUGCCGUCUGCUCAGGAGGAGGAAGAAGAGGAGGAUGAAGGGCUGCCUGAAAAUAUGAAGUUGACAGCUAAGGAGAAAGAAGAGAGGAAGAGCGAUCAUGAUGUGGCCAGGCAGGAUGUUGUCAAGGGUCUGCUGAAGAUGAAACUGCUCCCCAGGCUACGUUACAUCCUUGAGGUGGUCCGACCUUCUCCUCGAGUGGUCCAGGACGUCCUGGAGAUCCUGACUCGUAUCGCCAGGCACUCCUCCUCAUCUGCCACCCAGGUGCUCGACUGUCCUCGCUUGAUGGAGACGGUGUUGUCAGAGUUCCUCCCCACUUCCUGGACAGCGCCAUCUUCUUCGCCUCCUCAGUCUGUUUACGGACUCCCACAGGCCAGCGCCAUGAAGCUGUUGAGAGUGUUGGCUACCUCUGGCAGACACGCCUGUGCCAGACUGUUAAACUCUCAUGGAGUGGCAGAGCGUCUGCCUUGUCUGCUGAGUGCUGAGCCCAGUGAGCUGCUGCUGGAGCAGACUGAGGCCCUCAGGAUCACUACUGAGGCCUACAGGCUGUGGGUUGUAGCAGCCGGCUACGGACAGGCCUGCAAAUUAUACAUAGACCUAUAUCCAGGCUUAGCGCAGGCGCUGCAGUCCGUUCACAGAGUCCUGGCUCCCUCAGAUCCUCUGCUGCCUCUGCAGCUCCCACGGGUCCUGGCUCUGCUUUCUCUGCUCACACAGGUCACACACACUGCUGGUUGUCAUCAGGAGCUGCAGGCUGGCAUGGUCAGCUCUCAGGGAGAAGAGUGCCCUCCUCCUCCUCCUGUGUCUUGGGGUCACGUCUCAGGGCUGCAGACGUCCUUGUUGGGACAUUUGAAGGGUUUCGUGAAGAACCUUGAUAAUCCAGUUCAGACAGAGAGCAGCCUGGCUGUGAUACCAGCUUACCUGCUCUACCUAGAAGCCUACUACCACCAGCUCUCCAGACAGAACUGUUUCAAGCCUGUAGAGACCCUUCAAGAACUGGAGCUGCUGACGUCUGAGGUCCUCCUCCCUCUGCUGUCCCACCAUGUUGUUCAAGGCCUGAUAAAGAACCUGAAGUCUUCCUCAGUAGUGUGCAAUGUCCAGUCUGGUCAUCAGGGCCCAGAGAUGACUCCCAGCCUCCCUGGUUUGGCCUGCCCAGGAUGGAGGGACCGCCCGGGGCUGGUUGUUCCCAGCUCUCCCUUCCCUCUUCUCACAGGCCUGGGGCUCCUCCUGGAAACAAUCACAGGCAUCCACAAAGGCCUCAGCUGCAAGUUCACUGGUCUCCUCCUGCCAGAACCUGUGAUUGGUUACCUGAGAAGUUGCAGUCAGGCUACGCCCAAGUUGUCCCACACCAGAGCCUGGCUUCUCCGUCACGAACACCACCUACUCUACCUGCUGCUUUGGCUGGCACACAGACUGGUUCCUGUUGAGCCAGAGGUAGCCAAGCAUGCACCACUGUACCACCAGGUGGCGCUAGUUCUGCUGCCAUGGUUGCUACCAGGCAGUGAGUACCUGGCGCAUGAGCUGCUGUCCACCAUCAUCUUCAGCAAGGACUUUAUAUCAGAGGGCCACAGCGGAGGACCUGAGGCUGUUGAGCUGGGAGAACUGAAACUCCAAGAGGACACGCCACACCACACCGCUCCCUCGCUGCAGACUGUCGGCGCCCUCCUGAGAGAAGCCUGCGUCCAGCUGCCGUCCAUACGAGGCUGCUUCCUCACUCACCUGGCCCAUCUGGAGUCAUCCGUGCUGACGUCCCGGGACGCUCUCCUCGGCCGCAACCCCUGGAUCAGCUCCCAUCUCCUCCCAGAGCUCACUGGUCCCACCUUGCCCUCCGAUUGGCCUUACCUCCCGCUCGUCAGCCUGUACGAGCACACAGGGGUGUCUGACGGUGGAGGGUCGGCGGUGGAGGAGCUCCCACAGGGGGCUCUGCAGGCGGUCACCCACUGUCUGCAGUGGCUGCUGCUGCUGGAGGUCUGGAGAGAGGAAGCACUAAAGGUGAUCCCUCCUGUCGCCAAGUUCGCCCGCCUGUCCUGUGUGUUCCUGUGUUCCAGUGACUUGUUCCUGGAGAGGCCUGUUCAGAAACUGAUCUGGGGUCUGUUCAGACUGCUGACCAGGCAGUCCAGGCUGGACUCUUUGGACCUGGAUGUCCCCCCUCCAGGCCUUGCCUCCUUCCAGGACUUGUACACUGCUCUUUUAACCCAGUACGAAGCUGUGUCCUUUGGAGACCGGCUCUUCGGCUGCUGGGUCCUCUUACCGCUGCAGAGGAGGUACAGCGCCACCAUGAGGCUGGCUGUGUUUGGAGAACACGUGGGAAUACUGAGGUCACUGGGGGUCACUCAGGAACAGCUCUCCAUCCCUAUCGAGCGGUUCACCUCCCCCCCAGAAGACUCCCUCCCUCUCCUCCGUCUCUACUUCCGCACUUUGGUCACAGGGACCCUGAAGCCCCGCUGGUGUCCUCUUUUAUACGUGGUCGCCUUGUCUCACGUCAACUCCUUCAUCUUCUCUCAGGACGCUGCGGCUCAGGAGGUUGAAGCAGCUCGACACAGUAUGCUGAGGAAAAUCUACUUCCUGACAGAUGAGGUGUUGAAGAACCACUUGCUUCUCUUCCGUCUGCCACGAAAGCACUCAGAGCUUGGCUUCGACAUGUACGAGCAGUUGCCUCCCAUUAGGGCCAAACGAUUGGAGAGCGUCCUGAAACUGCAGGACAGCAGCAGUGACAAAGGAGACUGAAGGCAGCAGGGAGUGGAAAAUAAAAAAGUAGUGAGCCAAGAGCAGAAGAUCAGAGGAGAGACAGUGUGGGACGGAGAGGAAAUCGAAGGAGAGAUUAGAGUGCGAGUAGAAGACGCUGAGAAAGAAAGGAGAUGUCAACUAAUAAAGGUUUCCCAUCAAGAUCGGCUUCGGAAUAAGAGCCAUCAUCGUCACAGGACAAUUUUCUGUGGCUUCUUUUCUUGAAGGAAACCCAGCCGGAGGUAAAUCUGGCCAGGCCGCAAUUUCAAAUAAUCUUUAGCACCGAUUCGAACCAGAGUCAGUGCGAAUGAUCCGAAAUUAAGUGCAGAUGCAGCGAAGUACACAUCCCACAAACCUUUCCUCUGAGCUAAUGGGAGGGAUCAGAUGUUUUCCCUCGCAGCACCAGAACUUCGCCAGAGUUACUGCUCGAAAAACAGACAAUGAUGAUCCUUGGCGUCUCAGAGCAAAAACAAAUGUCCUGCUACACAAGUGCCUGAAAUUGUCUCUUGUUUUGUGAAUAAAUAAUUUCAAGUUUG